UAAAGAAGAAGUACAAAGUGUAAACAGCUGAGGAGACGUUAGGGUUUAUCUUUCUUUGUAUUUCAUUUUUUAAACUUUUUUUCUUUUACAUUAUUACAUUUUACAUGUAAUAAUGUUUUGGUUCUGAAGUUGUUGCUUUUAUAGUGAAGUUAAAAUAACACUCGUGUCUUUCGCGAGAAGUCUCAGUUAGCCCAAUGUUAGCCUGCUAGCUGCAGUCCAGUGUCUGUACCUCAGAUGAAGCUCUGUGCAGGCUAAAUGUCUGUUAGACGGGCUCUGGUGGAGUGUGUUGUGUUGUCUGUGCAAGACGCCUGUGUGUUUUAUCCCUGCUGUAAAGGCUGCUUCUCAAGGAUCGAUGUUGAGCGGCAGGACGCGACGAGAUGCAGAUGCUCCAAAUGUGGUUACAGCUGUCUGAGGGAACAGGUUGAUUACAGGUAUCGUCUCUCACUGAAAGUGACACGGGACAGAUGCAUAUUUGGAAUAACAGUAUUUGGAGCCUGCUUGAACCCGUUCUUUGGCAUCCAUGCCAGUGGAUUACAGAGGUUGGUGGAGAACUUUGAUGGACCAGUGGGAGCAGCAACCAGAACGACACUGUUGGCAAAAGCUGUCAAGGACUGUUUCCUUGGCAGACAUUUCAUUUUUGGUAUAAAGGUAACUGGAGCCAAAAGUGGGCUUUGUUUUGAAGGACCUGUUGUGAAUGGUUCCAGCAGUAAAGAUACAGUCCAGUUUAUCGCCAGUCAGAUGAUUCUCCCCAAAGCUGCAGGCCUGGGAGGCUGCACAGUGGUCAGCUAUUAUCGACUCCUUCUUCAGAAAGCUGCGGAGUAUGAGCAGGGAUCCACUGAUCCCAGCAAUACCAGACCCCCAGAAACAACCCUGCUCCUGAUUCCUCACCAUUCUCCAGCCAGCAGCUUCAAUAAUUCCACAUUUUCUGCCUCACGCCUUUUUUCCCAGUCACUGCUAAGAUCGCAGGACCAAGACUGCACCCUUAGUCCGACCCCUCCAUGGCAGCAAUCACUAGGACUAGUUACUUCAUCAGCAGAGCAGGAGGAAGGCUGCAAUACACAGGGCGUUGGAGAUGGGAACAGCCAGCAGACAGACAAUAACAAAACACCGCAUCGUGUACAGAGAGGCUUCCUGGAGAAUCAUAAAGCCACAGAGGAAAGAACUCUGUCACCUGUUCUUUCUUUAGAGCGCAGUUGUUAUAAUAGUCCAUCGUUUGCCAAAUACCCAUACACCUCUUUUAACACGCCCAUCUUGAACACUUGGCUCAGUCCCUCCCAGCCUGAGCACAGAAGGGAUUCACCACUCAGCUGUAAGACAGAGAGGUUUCCUACCAGACAGCUCUCCCAAACAUUUUUGUCAAGCUCCUUGGCUUGGGAGGAUUUGCCUUUCUCUGAGAGUCUUACAGAGUUUGUGGUUGAGGAACACAAAGAUUUUCACAUUGCUAGCAAAGCUGAGCCACAUGAAAAUGUGCAAAAUCAGAAAGAAAUGGUAAGAAACAACCUGGAAAUUAGAUCACAAGGCAAGAAUUCGUCAAUUGAAUCAACGUCUGUUUUUCACAGUAACUCACAGACAGCAGAAAGCUACGCGCGGAUGUUACUGGAUGUCACUAAUACACCGGCAGCGAACAGUGGAGGUGACAGACAUAAUUUAUCUGACCAGGUAUGCAAGAACUCUGUUGUAUGUGUAAACAGGAGUCAAGCCAAAAGCGUUUGUUUCCGUCAGGAGGACGAGGAGGCUAGUUCUCUGUCUUUUGAAAACAAAGAAGAAGAGCACCUUGAAGGCGAUACCUACAAUUGUUCAGCCGACCUAUUCGGUAGCUCGCUCAUGAGCGACAUGAACACAAAGACUCUCAGCGUGGAUGCAGAAACUGUCAGGACGGCCACAGAAGCUUGCCCACUGCAUUACAAUCAGCACCUUAGGAGUGAAAAUGCUAAUGUUGCAUAUUCAACACCAAACAAACCAAAACUGAAAACUAAUAAAUGCAUUAACAGAGACAGUCUAAUUCCACUAGGCACACAGGAGCUUGACUUUAUCCCUCCCUCUCAGUCCACCCCAAUUGUAAAGCGAGCUGUUUUGUCAGGGUCACCUGCCUCCUCAUACCCCUCCUUGACAGUAGGUGAAUUCAUCUUACAAGAAGACAGUCAAGAUUUGUGUGCUUUUUACAGUAAUCUGCCUGAAGUGGACAGUAGGAAGACAGCCAGCAUCACCUCUUCCCUUUGUAGACUGAACGCUGUCAGUACUGACCAGCUGUCUGACUGUGGCAGAGAGUCUGCAAAAGAAAAUAUGAUGUGGGACAUAAAAUCCAGCAGACGCAACCACAGGUUUACCCCAAAAAGGCGGUUCUGGAAACCAAACAAGCAUAAAAACCAUCUGCUGGCUCAGCAGCACCUGAGGGUCCAGAGAGGGGCAGAAAGGGUUAAUCACAAACGUGACUCAAGUGUUUGCGAUGUGACUGUUUGUGAUUAUGAAGACAGUGACAUAAUUGUUCUUCCCACUCCUGUUGCUAAAACACAACUAAAUGUGAAGGUCAGAAGAAGAAGGCAGACUGAUAACAGCAGCAGUGAUUUGGUUUCUACGUGGAAAGAGCAGCACGAAGUUAAUUGCAAAGGAUAUCUGUUGGCUCAUCAUCCAUCAUCUCUCACAUCAUCACAGAGAGGUCUGGAACAAGCAGGAAGUUGUGACAGUGACAUGGUUGACGAAAGGAGUCUGGAUGGAUCUAAAGGUUACGUCCUUGAUGAGGAGAACCAGGCGUGUGAUUGGUCUAGAGAUCUUUUCUCUGACUCAGCCUGAGAGCUCCUCUAGCCAAUAGACUGUAUAAAUUGAUUCAAUAAGAUUUUUAAAAAAAAUGUAUUUCAGGCUGGCGACCAAAGUUAUGAUAGACCUACUUUUGUGUUGAAAAAGUAGUACCACUGCUACCACUUCUACUGUCGCUGGUACUCCCAGUUCUAUGCAGAAGGAUCCAAGAAUAGGGCACAUAUGUUAAACACUAAAGACAGGAGAGAGGCUGUUGAAAGGCACUACAGGAGGAGCCUUAUUGACCGACCCUCAGCUGAAUGUAAUGUACUGUACCCUUCCACAGAUUUAAACACCCCUACUGAUUGGUGGGUUCAGCUGUGUCACGAACAGCCAUCACUAAAAAAUGCACAAAAUCAAUCAUGAAGUCAUGCAAUCGCCACUGACAGAAAUUCACAGUAGAAUAGUUUGUACUAAGGAUUUCAGCGCCCUGCUUCAACUAACCCUUGUGGAAAACCUUCCCAGAAUAGUAAUUGUUCUUACAGGAGCAAACUUGGGCCAACUGCUUAUUUAUUACUUGCCCAUGGAUUUUGCAACUAAUGUAGCUUUAAUGUUUGGAUGUCCGCAUAGUUUUGGAGAUUUAUUUUGAAAGGAAGAAUCUCCUGCACAUGAUUCCAUUUUAAGCAAAUGAGACAUUUACUGGAAAUAUCUCAGUAAUCAUGAUCUUCAUCAGAUAAACUUUUAAACAUUCAGGUGUGUAAUAUUUCCCUUGUCUGAGGUAUUCGGACCGUACCAUGUAGGAUGUACCUGUGACACCUUAGUAACUGUGUUCUGAGCAGCUGUCUGCUGGUGUACACUCACUGCUCUACCCUCAUAACUUGCAUCAUUGACUUAUGACCUUGUGUGUGAUCAGUUCUGUAUUAAAUGGAUGUUACAGUGAAAGGAUGGUGUGCGUAUAAUUGGGUUGGUAUCUGAUAAUUUUACUACUGCUGCAACACUUAAGUGCCGCUGUAAUUUAAAAAUUAA